GGCAAAGACCGGUCGAUAUCCAACGUGCGUGACCGUAUUUAUGAUGAUCCAGCCUACACAGACGACAUAAGCCACCUGGCGAAUCCUCUACGUCGCAACAGCUGCUCGGGAAAGCCAGAUAGUAAAGUGAAAAGUUUGGCUGGUGGCAGUGCAACGGGAAACGCGGUGGUAACUGGUGGCAGCAGCUCGUUGGGCAAACGCAGUAAAUUAACCAAAGAAUUUCUACAGCAAGGCAAAUUGCGUGAUGGCGGCGGCUCCUAUGAACGUAAUGAUUCAAGCAGUUCAGAUGAGCCAUUGCGUUCGGCAAGUCAAUCGAAAAGCGCGACGGGUAGUGUUGGACGACGUGGGCGCAGUCUAGAGCGCAGUUCAGCAGCGCAUGGGGAGGGAAAGAGUGCGGAGAAGAAACGUGAGAAACGUGAACGUAGCAGCAAGCAGAAAGGAAAUGCUUGUAUGGAAGGCACUUCACUACAACAACAACCGAACAAACAACAAAUGGAAGGUAUUUGCGCCGCCAGCGCUAGUAAUCGCCGCUCAAAAGCACAGUCAGCCAUGAUGACCAAGCAGUACAGCGAUGGUGCCGCUGCGGAUUUGCAGUGGGCGGGCGAGCAAGCGCGCGAUGAGCUAGCUUCAGUGCGCAGCGGUGCAUCCACUUCUAAAGCUAUUGCCACAGGUGUGCCCACCCCUACCGCCUCCUCAUCAGGUGGCAGCUCGAAAAUGCAAAUAGGUCGCCGCUUCUUGCGCGGUGAAAUCGGCAUUAAGAGUUUCAAUUAUUAUCUACUAAAGGAGGGUAUUAAAAGCUCGAAACGUUUUGUGGAGAAACAGCGUAACUCUAUCUCAAGCGGAUUGGCUAGCGCGGCAGGUGGCGGCAAGAAAUCGCAUUCCCGCAGCGAGGAGAAUAUUUACGAGGAGAUUUUCUUUAAGGAUGCCCCACCAUCCGAUGAUGAGCAACAGGAAUCCCAGCAGCAUCAACAAGUUCAGAGUGAGUGUAAGGCUCAAGCAACAAUACAGCAGCAAAACCAUCAUCACCAACAGCAACAACAACAUGAACAGCAUACAAAGCCACAACAAUCCUUGCCACAAUCGGUCAGAGGUGCGGAUACACCUAUUUCACAAUGCAGCGGCAGCGAAGAGGGUCUUUACGCCGAUUGCGAGCUAUGCCUGCAACAAUGCACCAAAGAGAAUUGCGAAUACUGUUACGCGCAACAAUCGCGUGUGGCGGCAGAUAGUCAGGACUGCCAGGGGAAAGUGCAGCGCGACAUGGCGAAACCAUAUGCUGUUGUGCCACUGCAACAUCAGCAACCACAACAAGAUAAAAACUUGCAACAGCAAUUCGAUAGUCUCGGGCAUCCAUUAAUUACUCAAGCGCCAUGUGGCAACAUGCAUACCAGUGACGACUGCAAUGAGGCGAUGAGUGGAAACGGCAACGCCCCGGGUAAUCGUUUGGUAGGCGGUCAACUACCCACCGCCCACAUACUUGAAUUCCAAUCGUACAAUCCGAACAAUCCGGGCGUAUAUAAAAUUGAGACAACACCGGUGGCCAUCACUGGUGAAUACAAUCCGAUACUGCAAUUUCAACAGUCGUCGCCUUCAACAGGCACCGCCACCACAACAACGCCAAGUGCUGAGCUACAGCCCCAACCGCAGCUGAAUUUGGCGCAUCACGUGGCUCAUAUGCCGCAACAGCAAACACAAUUGCCACAACAAUUUAGCUAUCAGCAGGCACAGCCUCAGCAGCAGCAGCAGCAGCAGCAAUUUAAACACUCUUCACAGAGUUAUAUACUGCAAAGCGGCGCCACCCUGCCACACCACCACUGCCAUCAGUCGGGCGUGGGUGGCGUCUCAACCAGCAGCGCUGGCAUACUUAUAACCCAACAGCGUGUACGCGGCAGCCACCGCAGUGGUAGUCAGCAGUCGCACUACAUGCUCGCUUACAAUACGCCCACAAUGGCCGCGGGACCGCCACCAACUGGCGUUGGCAUGCAACGCAUGAACACCAAAUCAUCAUCGUCAAGCGACUCGUUGCAACAUCAACACAUGCAUAAAUACAACACCAUGUCGCGACUGGAGGCACAACAAGUCCUAUUGGGAGAUCCCUUCUACGGCGGCGCCAAUGUAGGCCCGACGCAUUCGCUUAUGUUCGCUGCCAGCCGUCCCAUUGGCGGUUCACAGAUACUCGUCGAUCCCUACGAUUUGCCGCAAAUGUACAAGAGUGACUCGCGCGCCUCCAUAAUCAGCGAGUAUUCGCUACGUAGCAGCGACAAUUCGCAUCGCUAUAAUCGCUUUCGAUACGCAGGUGGCGGUGGUGGUAGUUUCAGUGGCGUGGCUGGUGGUGGUGGUGGUGGUGGACAGGUGAGUGACUCCAGCCUCGGUGACUCACUCUUCUCGUGCACCUCGGCACAGCGACGCUACUUUGGCAGCUCAGAAAGUUGUCGUUUUGGAUUCGAGUGUCGCCGCUGCAGCCUGGAUGGCGGCGAAAAGUGUAGCUAUUCCGACACUUGCCGCUACGAGUGUCGUAACUGUGAUUGUUCGUCCAGCUACUUUUCGUCGGACUUUGAUGAGUUGUAUGGCAGCGUGGCGGGUGCUGGUAGCACUGCGGCAGCGCUUGCUGCACAGCGCAGUAGCGGCAUACCGCGCAAGACUGCAGCAGGCACGCUGCCCGCAAACGCCGGCCACAGCGAGUACGAUCGCCAACAGGAGCAACUAAAUUUGAAGCAGAAUAAAUAUGCGCAAGAUUUCUUUAAGCAUGUAAACGAUGUUAAACGCAGCAUCUAUCAGUCGGAGAUGCAACGCAAUGGCAGCGGCUCGAACGAAGAUAAAUUUGAAAGUAGCCGCUCCAAAAGCGAACGUGGCAAUGAAGUGCCACAAGCAGCAGCGGGUAGCCCGCGUCGACAUGCAACCAAAGAGGCACCGCAAAUUACGACGCUGCCGCUUACUAAGGAGCGAUCACGCGCACAACGCGCCUCUAAUGUCAUCACCUCGAACACCGAUAGCUCGGCCACGCCUACGCCGGCACCAAGACCUAGUUUGCAGCAAGCUCAGUUGACAGCGCAGCCAAAAGUUAUACAACGCUCGCGACACGCACAAGUCCAAGCCGCCUACGAACGGCACAGUGAAUAUCCAUCGUUAGACAGACUCGUAGCCAGCGCCACAGGCGCUAUACCAAAAGCAAGUACAGCUGCAUUACCAGCUAGUGCUGUAGCUAAGUCGAAAAAUAAUCCAACCAAUACCAUGCAACAUUCGGUCGAAACUGGCCAUGACAUAAACAGCAACAGCGCAUCUCGUACAGAGCGCUAUAGUCCGCGUCACAGUCCAAAGAGUUUGAAAAUAACCGAUCGCCCACUCGGUUUGCCAGUUGCUUCAAUGGCUGGUGUACAUGCGGACGCGGCCAAGGCCAGCUGUCGCGAGACACGCGUCGCCGCUGAGGCCAUUACCAAUAAUAACAAUAAUAACUUAGCUCCAUCGGCUGCAGAUGCGAAUCACAAUAAGCCAACUGAAAUGCAUGGCGCUGCCAAGAAGUCCGCUGUGGGUGGAGCUGGUGGCUCAACCAAGCGUGAAGCGCGAUAUUUGAGUGUUGAGCAGAGCGGAAAUGCACCUGUAUCGCAGUCUGCCAAGCGUCAUCAUCGUAGCACUUCCGCCGCUAAACAAUCUGCAGUGCCCUUAGUGCGCCGCAGCAAGGAUAUACCUGCGCCGCCACCACCAUCGCCAGCCACGUACUCAGACUUGCAGGAAUUGAAGGUGAAUUUGGAGAAUGCGCAGCAGCAGGGCGAUGGUAGUGAAGGUGAUGCUAAGAAAUCUUCUGCUGAAAGGAAAAAGAAGAAGCGCACAAAAGAAGACAACGAGCGCCAGGCCAAAAUAAAUGCGACCGAAGGUCGAACACAAAUGGAAAAAGACGAGCAACGGCAAUUGGCAUUGAAAGAGGCAAAAGAAAUGCAAACGGCGGAGCUCAGUCCGACACGAAGUGAUAGCGCCAUUGGCCAUACUGAGGUGAAAAAAUCGCGUAAGGCGCGACGUUCUGCAUCUGCAAUCGAGGAGGAUACGAACACAGCCGCCACGCCAAAUGGCGGCAAAGAUUUAUGUGAGACGCCUACUCCAUUGCUGGCCGUCAAAAAGACAUCACCGACUGGCGCGGUAGUUGUAGCAGGUGCUAAUUGUAUGCCAGUUGCCAGCUCGGUUAUGCAACAAGAACCGCAAAAACAACAACGCGCACAUACCAAGUCAAGCAAUGCAAAUAGCAGCAGCAAAAAUGCUUCCGAUGCAGUCAAGCAGCUUGAAGUGUGCAACAGCGCACACGCCACCGACGAUGACGAUGUCUUCUAUGAUGCACGCAGCGAGGACUCGGGAGGUACGGCACACAGCGCUGCGUCGAGCAAUCUGCUGCGCCAACAAGCCACGGCGACAGUCAAAAGCAGAAAUGAGCGCUGCUCGCUACUCCGGGAUGUG